UGUCUGUGUAUAUGACAGAGACAGUGCGUGUGUGUCUAUGUGUGCUGGGGGGCUUGUGCAACAGUGAGAGAAAGGGUCACAGCUUGUGCCUUUAGAGGGAAGAAGAAAGAAAGAGAAUAAAAAAGCAGGGAGGGGAAAAAAGUGUGUGGAGAGAAAGAAAAAGAAAGGAGUAUCAGAAAUAGGGGAGCGACAGAGCGAGAAUAGAUACUGACAGCGAGAUCCCACCUAAGUAUUUCCAGAAGGAACAGUGACAUGCAAUAAUCAAAGAGCUGAAGAGAGAACUGGAAAAGUUUGUCAAGGAAAGAGAAAAGUCCGAAGAACUACUACAUGAAUAGAUGCACUGUCUAAAAGGUGGGAUAAAGUAAAUUAAUGGAAAGCAUAUGGGUUUAGCCUGAGAAAGGAAUAGAUGAAACAAGGGGUGAGAUGCUGGUUGGAUACCCUUUGAUGAAAAAAUUCAAACCUGCCUGUUAAAGAAAUAGAAAUACUGAGAAUCUGAAUCUUUAGAACAAAACCAAGAAAAAAAAGACAGAUGAAGAGAGACUUCUGAUACAGACAGAGUGACUUUUGAAAUAGUGGAACAGACAUUUGUGCAUCAGUUUAAAAAGUCCCUUUAUUACUCAGAAGUCAUAUCCAAAGCACAAAACUCAUACAGUGGCCAGUGGGGCUUGAAACUGUAGACUACAGUGACUGACCUCAAAGGCAUCAGGCAAAAGGCAGGUGUCCAGUGGUAAUUGUAUAAGCCUUGGGUAGAAUAAGAUGGAAAAUUCUUCUGGUCUUCUCAAACCUCUGGCUUCACCAGCUUUGAUGGUUUUAGCAUCCACUGCUGAAGCUGCAUGUAGUACAUCAUCUCCGUGCCAGCAACCACAUGCGUUUGGGGUGCCUGUGACCCUGGAGAAACCUACCCAAUUACCCUUUCUUGGAACAUCCUAUUCCUUGGCAGCUAUGUACCAUCAUUCUGAGCGGCUGGCUGGCACUGUAUCCAGCAGAGACUAUCGACCGCAGCUUUUGCCCCUUCACCCCCAGUUUGCUCAUCCCACUCUUGACCGUAAUGGCAUUUUGGGCUAUAGCCCUCUGCACCCUUUUCAGCCUUUCCCACUGCCAGAAGAAAUGGAGAAUUUUCAGCCAACUUUCCUAGCUACCAAAAGGCCAAAGACCUUGCUAACAGGAGAACCACCUCAAAUUCGUUACCUGGCUCUCGAGAAGGAGCUGGAAAAACAUCGAGCUCAGUUGGCUGCAGGGUCAGUUGGCAAGUUUGAGCUUACUGGACUAAAUCCUGGGUCAUCUCUGUCCAGUAACAAAAGGACACCUAGUCCCAGACAGAGCACUCACAAAAAAGAGGAUAGAACAUUUGAACCAUUCGUGGUGAGCCCACGUUGUCCACUCUGUGACAAGGAGCUGCAACGAUGGGAACUGGAGGAACAUCUGCAACAUGAAAUUGAGAGCCUGGAUGUUAUUUGCCCCAGUGAGACAGAUACAUCUCAAGACGCAUCCUCACAGCUUCGUGCAAAGCUUGCAUUUUGCUUUCACCAGUCCCCACCACAAACAUCUUCUCUGAAAGAGGAACCCGUGUCCCCAGCUGAGCCCCCAAUCCUUGCUGAAGAAGGAAGAAAACUGGACCGGCAUCAGGUGUUUAUGCAGGUGAAACAGAACAGAGAGGCCAGGCUUGGAGCUCGAGCUGGAAGAAUUAAAAAGAAUAGAUCUCAUGAAGAUGAUCAGCUGGACAUUUCACUUUCUCAAGGGCCAAGAUUAGGGGAAACAGAGGAUGAGCUUUCAGAAGGCAGUCGUUCAGAAGAGUGGGAAUAUCGAAGCCCACAGAAAGGAAAUCUAAAUUUACCAGAACCAAAAGAGUCACUGGCAUCAACCCCACGCAGUGUGACAACAAGUCGUGAGAGUGACGUUGAUGCAGACACAGACAGAGAAGAACUCCUUUACUACAAACAUACAACCCUGGAACCAAACCACUUGCUGAUUGAAGAAACAAGAGAAAAAAUGACUCCAAGUUUGGAUGCCCCCCAUAAAAGUUACAGAGCUACAGGAAGUGAAGAUGAAGCCACAGCAGUACUAGCAAGGCUGAGAGCUCGCAUCGAGGAACUCACACAGCGACUGCGCCACAGGGAUGCAUACAAGUGUCACGUCUGUCUUGGUGCUUAUUCUGUGCCUCUGACAUCAAUCCAUUGUUGGCACAUUCACUGUGAACGCUGCUGGUUACGGUCUCUGAAUACCAAGAAGGUGUGUCCACAAUGCUCUGCCAUGACUUCUCCUGCUGACCUGCGGCGCGUCUACCUUUGAUAUGUUACUGAAGAUGAUGUUUUUUACACUGGCUUUUCAGACAGUGUGGGACGCAAGACAAGAUAAACUGCUAUUGCAUUUUUAUCAGUGCCCAUUUGCCAAGUCCAGAUAAGGAAGUGUUUAUAUGAAAUGUUAGUAUUUGGGAGAAGAAGAACAGCUAAUGGUUUGGUACUAGGGUAUAAUUCUACAAGCUACACCAUAUGAAAAAAAGAAAUUAGGCAGUUCUAUCUGGAAUGCAUCUCUCUAAGUUAACUGAUGACAUGCUUAGCUUUUGGUACUAUUACUCAGAAUGCAUCUUUCUAGGUUAACUGAUGGCAUUCCUGGCUUUUGCCAGUGUUGCCCAGAAUGCACCUCACUGGGCUAAUGGAUGGCAUGCCUGGCUUUUGCCAUUAUUACUCAGGAUGCACAGCUCAACUACUGAGUGUGGGCCUAACACUAACAGAAGUAAAUCUAUAUCUGACCUGAGUCAGUAGGAGAUGAAUACAUUGGUAAUUCAUGCAAUAAAUGUUAUUGCUGUCCACUAAAAAUGAAGACCAUGUGACAUGUGUCUGGGACACUUUGUCUCGGGGCAAUUUCUUCCUUGAAGAUAUGAACUUUUUAUUAUGUGAAUGUUUUUCUACUUUGUAGUGUGUGCUAAUGAGAAUAAAUUUGUUAUUAUGUGUUUUUUUACAAUAUUUUGGCUACCUUUGUGUGUGUAUGAAAACAUUGCCCAGGUGAACCAUAUGUUGGCUUAAAGUAUUUGUCACUGCAAUGAACCUAUUAAAGAAAGUCUUGAUUUCAA